CCAAUUAGCACAUUGCGACGCCCUGAGCCACCCAGGGCAGGGGCUAUAAAGGCCGCUCCCUCAGCCCCAGCUGGGCGUGAGCCGGCUGCUGAUCCCCCAGCCAUGAGCAGCAUCGUGGCCGUCGGGGAGAGCUACCAGAAGUUCAACCCCAGAGCCUACCUGCAAAACAACUACAUGCCCCCCCGGGCCGACUUCAGCUCUGAGGACUGCGUGGUGCCCUGGAAGCUGCGGUGUCUGGCUGAAGCCUUCACCACAGGUGACAUCCACGGCCGCACCCUGAUAGACGUCGGCUCCGGCCCCACCAUCUACCAGCUCCUGAGCGCCUGUGACCACUUCGAGGAGAUCAUUGCCACCGACUACCUGGAGGUGAACCGGGCGGUGCUGCGCCGGUGGGUGCAGGGCGAGCCUGACGGCUUCGACUGGAGCCCCUACAUCAAACACGUCUGCCGGAUUGAGGGCAAAGGGGAGCAGUGGAAGGAGAAAGAGCAGAAGCUCAGAGGGAAACUGAGGCAGAUCCUCCCCAUCGACGUCCACCAGCCCGAGCCACUGGGCUCCCAGGUGGGCCAACCGGCCGACGCCCUGGUCUCCACCUUCUGCCUGGAGGCGGUGAGCCCUGACCGGCCGAGCUUCGAGAGAGCGCUGAGUAAUGUUACCACCCUGCUGAAGCCCGGGGGCCAUUUCCUCCUCAUUGGUGCCCUGGAGGAGUCUUUCUACCUGGCUGGUGAGGCCAAGCUCUCAGUGGUCCCAGUGAGCGAGGCGGACGUCAAAGAGGCCUUGAGCAAGAGCGGCUACCACAUCCACAACUUCCGCUCCUACCUCAUGCCGCCCAGCCUGAAAAUUGGCGUGGAUGACGUGAGUGGGGUCUUCUUUGUCCAUGCACAGAAGAAGCCUGUGGCCUGUGACUAGGCAGGCCUGGGCACUCCUCUUGUUCUUUGCCAAGAUGCACGUCCUACAGCAAAGUGAAGCUUGGUAGCUAGUAAUGCAAUAGAUGCAUCCGUCCUAGGCAGAUAACCUGACAUGCUGCGUGAUUCUCCUUACGGCCCCCUCCGCCCCCAGCUCCAAAGCUCAUCUCCUUCGCACGUGGUAGCCGAUUUAGCAGUGAAGGGGUUAAAUGAAACUGGAGGCAGGUGGAUUAGCUGGUUCUCUGAGAGGCUCAUAAAUUCUAGGCUUCUAUUAAUGGCAGGUCCUGUUCCCCUAUGUCUGCCGAGGGCCAAGCAUGGCUUGAGCAGUUACUGGAGUAUCAGGCAGGGUUGGCUUUCGGUAGCACCUUGUGCCGUACAGAGUGAAAUCCUACUCGGGGCAUGCAUUUCGAGAGCCCCCUGAUCAGCUCUGGGUGCUUAUACAGCACUUUGCGGGGGGGUGGGGGGUGUUCAAAGUGCUUACAUCAUUCAGUUAAUCUGCCAACCAGCCUGUGAAGCAGAUCUGCCUUACCACCCUUGUUUUAUAAACAGGGUAACUGAGUCACAGAAACUAAGUAGGGGCUAGUUAGAGAGCGAGAGCUGGGACUAGAACUCAGCCACUUCCCAGUUCCUGAUCCUGCACUCAAUGCACUGGUUUCUCCCUCUCCACAUAGUUUUCCAUGACAUGCAGCCACCUCUGGGGCAGAACGCAGCACCUGCUAAAGGGCAGACAGUAACAUUCCACAAGAGUUUAGAACAGGUAAUGAAAAACCGCCUCCCACUCCAUCUGAAAGUGAAAGGGGAGUAGGAGGUAGGCAGAAUAUAAAUUACCCAAUCUGGAAUUUCAUUGUAUAGGGAGAAUACAAAACUAGGCAGAAUUUCAGCAGGAUUCCAACUUCAGAAUUAGUGCAACUUAGUUUUGGUACCAAACCCAUCCGCUGAAGACUUUAGUGAGAACCUCAGAUAAUUUAGGCCCAACAGUUAGAUUUUUACAGUAUGUUUAAAGUACAUUUCAGAGAAGCUACCAAUGAUGAGAUGUUUUCAUGAUUGCCAUGGCACUUUACCUAGACAUUUAUUUUGUGGCUAUAGACAUGUUCCAUGCUGUUCUCAGAGAGUGAUGCACUGUGCCUUUGUUUUACUGCAUGAGAAUCCAUUGAAAAUAAAAGCUAUAAAGUAAAGGCAAACGGGGCUGUCUAGAUUCACUUGGAGUUGGGGAAGCGUAAAUGUUAAACAAACAGCCCACAAAGCAGAUGCAUGUCUCGAUUUA